CCCACACACACAAAAAAAAAAAAAAAGGCUCCUUCCCCCCUAAAAAAAUGGUAUCACCGGAAAUACCUCCAAUUACAACUACUAGAUCAAUCGAGAGUCCGCGGAUUUCUUUCUCCGCAGACUUUCUAGACGAUGAAAAUUUCAUUUGCAUUAACCCUCAUGACAAAGACAAAGAAAAGGAGAAACCAAAAACCGGGGAGUUCGAGUUUUUGUCAAACAACAUAGCUGCUCCUAAUACUAUGUUAACAGCUGAUGAGCUGUUUUUCGAAGGGAAACUGCUUCCUUUUUGGCAAAAACAAUGCUCAGAUAAGCUAACAAAAAUAAGCCUAAAAGUAGAAAAAGUCAAUGAAGUUGCUACAACAGGUGACCAUCAAGAAAUGAAGAUAGAAGAGACUAAUAGAAUGAGUUGGUUUAUUGAUGAAGAUCCAUCUCCUAGACCUCCAAAAUGUACUGUUUUAUGGAAAGAGUUGUUAAGAUUGAAGAAACAAAGAGCUUCUUCACUUUCCCCUUCUUCUUCUACCUCUUCUUCUUCUUCUGCGUCUUCGGGUUCUUCAUUAGAUGAAGAUAAGAAAGAGAAACACGUAAAAAGAGUUAAAAAAGGACUGGAGAGGACCAGAUCGGCCGGAUUAAAAAUUCGGCCGAUGGUUAACCUCCCAGUAUGUACUCAAAAUGUACGGAGUAACUCUCUGCCUCCUCUUUUUUCCAUGAGGAAAAAUAUGUUAGACAGGUAAAACUUUAAUUAGAUAAUGUAAUGUAAUGUUUUUCUUUAUUAUUAUCUGUUUGAUUAAUUAAAUCUUGAUUGUAAUU